AACAAGGUCUACUAAUGAGAAAUGGCUCGAAGAGAAAUAUUUAUGGUUUGGGAAAGCAAUUGUCGAAAUAUUUUAGACGAACUGUCUUCGCUACCAGAAAAAAUGUUGGAUGACAUUAAGCUGCGUGUAUUUUUACGCAAAGACACACCAUUCAACAACCGUCCACGGAAAGAAAAGUGGAUAGAUAUUUACGAUACAUUCACGACAGCUCCAUACGCUUCUUACACAACAUUGGUAACUUUUUUAGUCAAAUACUUCAGGCAUCUUGCUUUCCUAAGCCCUCUAGGAACGGACGGCGAAGAUAAAGUAGAGCUUUAUUUUGAGCCAAUGGAAUUUUAUUUCAUUGUCGAUUCAGACGAAGAGCGAAAGUAUGAUGAAUUAGUGGCAAUAUUGACUCAAGAGUAUGCAUCAUCUGGGGUGAGAUUUUUUAUAGUAAAUGGACAAACUGAACACUUGCCAAAAAUUUUUGGCUUCGAGUUUUGUAAAAUUUGCUGCAAAUCGUUUGAAAGCGACGAAAUGUUACAGGCGCAUAACGUCAAAAUGCAUAACAUAUUUUGUGAAAACGAGCUCUGUCCAAAAAACAAAUCCCCAUUUAGAAACAUGGAGGAAUAUUAUAGGCAUAAAAGCAUGCAAACCAAAUGUUUAAAAUGUGGCGAAAACAGUCCGGUAUUUUGCAAGGUCAGUGAUAAAAUACAACACAUGCAAAUUGUUCACGGACAAGAGGACAUUUCACAGAAUACAUUGUCAUGCGACUUUUGUCCAAAAAAAGUAUUCACGAGCCAAGAACAACUAGACACACACAUGAAAAACACACACAAGAAAUGCAAUUGUGGAUGUGCCAUGUAUUUUGAAACACGGGAAGAUUACUUAAGACAUUUCUACACAGUUUAUCCGCUUGCGUGCUAUGAGAAUAGAAAAUGCCCUCAUCGCUUUAAAACAGUCAUUCAUCAGGCGGCACAUCACGAAAGUAUCCACAAUUCCAAAUAUCCGUAUUACUGUGUGGUAUGUUUCAAGCAAAACGGCGGACGCCAAGCGCAAACGUGUGUAUUCAAAGACAAAAGUUCUCUAGAGAAUCACGGGAGGCUCAUGCGCCACAGUGAUGAAGAGAUGUUUCUGGUCUUCUCUACAUCAUGCAAACCUACGGCAAAAAGUUCUGCCAUUAAUUACUGCUAACUAACACAUUUUCGCAUGCAGGAACAGCAUAAUUCAUUGGAUGUGAAGUAUUGUAAUUCAGUUAUUGGUUGAAUAAAUAAGGAAUCACGAAGCGAUCAUAUGGCAAUCUCUCUGUAUAAUGAAAAAAGCAAAAAAUUUGUAGAAGUUUGACAUAAUUAAACCCUGCAAUGUUGGUAGGUUACUUUAAAGGACAGAUGCUAAACAGAGCAUUAAAUUUUCACUUAAUGGUUGUAUGUAACAAUAAUAUUGUAUAUGAAAGUUUUGAGAAUCUUCAGGUACUCAACAUUCUACUCUUGUAUAUGAAAGUUUUGAGAAUCUUCAGGUAUUCAACAAUCUACUUGAACCAGAUUGUCAUAAUCCCACAUGAUGUUUACCAGAAAUCUAACUGAAAGAUGUUUUUCAUUGGGCAUUUAUUCAUAGCUACUUUGUCACUUCUAUUUACUAUUGUAUAUUCAUGUUUGUAAUUAGAGAUAUAGCUAUUUUUAUUCAAAAGUCAAUAUCCAA